AUGUUGGAGGAGGUUGUGAAGUUUAGAGACUGCAUGAGAGAGUGUAGGCUGAGUGAUCAUUGUACUACAAAGCCUUUCUUUACAUGGAGAAACAAUGAGAAAGGUGAAAGUAGAGUUUGCUCAAAAAUUGAUAGAGUGUUGGCAAAUGAAGAAUGGGAGAAGGAAUUUGGAAAUGCAUUGGCAUGUUUUUUGCUGGAAACUGUUUCUGAUCAUAAUCCCUGUGUUCUUAAGUUGGAUAAAGAUGUUGUUAAAAAACCUAAAUCAUUCAGGUUUUUUAACAUGUGGGCCAAGGCCCCUGAAUUUCAGAACAUUGCUCAGGAAGCAUGGCAACAAAGAAUACAAGGAGUACCUAUGUUUCGGGUGGUUUCCAGAUUGAAGAAUCUGAAAAAAGGUUUGAAAAAGCUGAAUAAGACAAGAUUUUCAAACAUAGAACAGGCUGCAGAUGAGGCUAGAUGUUUGUUAGUGCAAGCACAAUCACAGUUACAUAAUGAGCCUAUGAAGGUUACACUACAGCAGCAAGAAUCUGAAUCAAGAAUGAUGUACAUGGAGUUGCAUGAAGCUAGACUUAGCUUCCUUAAACAGAAAGUUAAGCAGGACUGGAUCAGUAGUGGAGAUCUAAAUAGCGGAUACUUCCAUGCCUGCCUAAGGAAAAGAAGGGUGCACAAUCAGAUAUGCAGAAUUCAGGAUAUGAAUGGGGCUUGGCAAGAGAAGCAAGAUAAUAUUGAAGAGGCAUUCAUUCAAUAUUAUAAGGAGCUAUUGGGUAAAGCUUACACUCCUGAAGAUAAGAUCAGCAAGACUAUCAUUAAGGAGGGACCUGUUCUGAAUGAUAGACAGAUUCAUGGGCUGUGUGACAGAUUUACUAUGGAUGAUGUGAAGAAUGCUUUAUGGGAUAUUGAUGAUAAUAAGAGCCCUGGGCCAUAUGGAUACAAUAGUAUGUUCUUCAAGAAGGCUUGGCCAUGCAUUACAAAUGAUGUAAGUCAGGCCAUUCUUAACUUCUUCCAAUCUGGUAAAUUGCUGAAACAAAUUAUAAAUGCCACUAAUUUGUGA